AUGUCAAAUUUGAUUGAAUUGCAAAAGGAUUUCGUCAUUGACGUCUUACAGCAAGUUAGAACUGAACACAACAUUAAAUUCCUUGUGAUUGACGAUGAAGCAGAUAGGUUAUUGGAUUCCCUAUUUGCAGAAAGAAGUGAAUUACUCAAUUAUGUUACUGCAGUAGAUAGGAUUGAUUCGCCGAAGCGUAAAGGACAAUCUUCGGUAGCAGCCAUAUAUUUGUUAAGGGCAAGCAAGUUCAAUAUCAACUGCAUGGAUGCAGAUUUUGCUCAUAACAACUUGAAGUAUAAGAGAGCUCAUAUUAGAUUCCUUUCCGACUUUUUACCAGAUGCAGUGAACCACUUUAAAAGCCGUAGAUAUAUCACCAGUAAUGUUGCGGAUUUGAAGGUUGUAAAUUGUUCUUUUAUACCCAAAGAAAACCAGUAUUUCGAAACUGUUGGAAUUGAUAAGCCUUUACAAGUGUUCUUUAAUCCUUCAUGCCGAGGCUUGGUUGAUCUAAAUAUACACAGAACAGUACAGAGUUUGUUGAAUUUGUGUAUUAUAACUGGCGAAUAUCCUAUUAUUCGGUAUUCGGAACCAACUGCGGAGGAAUAUGCAUUGAAUGAAGCUACCCUACUUGCUAAAAGAAUAGCUAUGCAAUUUCAACAAGAACUAGAUGAUUACGCGAGAGAUCAUGAAGAAUUUCCUCCUCCAAAUAAUCGUCCGAGAGCUAUCAUGUUAAUUACAGACAGAACCUUGGAUCUAUUUAGCCCGCUACUUCACGAAUUCACUUACCAAGCAAUGGCAUAUGAUGUUUCCAAAAAUAUAAAUAGACUCACAGACAUUUACUCUUAUGAGGUUGAAAAUGAGACAGGAGUUAUGGAACCAAAAACGUCCAAACUUUCAGAUUUAGUCGAUCCAGAUUGGACUUCAUUAAAACAUUUACACAUAGCGGAUGCUAGUGAAUACUUAACAUCUAAGGUUAAUGAGUUAAUUGCAAAAAAUCCAUUACUAGUGGAUAGGGCUAAUGUAAAGGAUACAUCCGAUUUAUUAAAUGUCGUUGCACAUCUAAAAGACUUUGAUGAAGAAAGAAGACUGAUUGCAUUACACAGAACUCUUCUAGAUGAGUGUUUUGAAGUUUCAAAAAAUAAUAACUUAGCUGAACAUGCAGAUAUUGAGCAGAUACUAGCUGGAUAUGGUACUGACUUUGAUGGAGAAAAAUGUAAACAUAUCAGUGAUAAACUAAUUGAAAAUUUAGCUGACCCGAAGCCAUCAGUUACCGACAAGGUUCGCUAUAUAGCGGAAUAUGCACUUUACAGGGGUGGGUUAAUCGAGUUAGACUUUGUUAAGUUGCUUUCUUUCAUCGGUGUUGAUAAAACUAAUAACUGGUUCAAUCAUUUUAUGCAACUUUUCAAAAACUUUAACUAUUUAGGCUUCAAGCUUAUGAAAGAAAAGCCAAAAGAUAAACCCUUUCAGAAAGAAUGGACACAUGAAACUAUAGUUAAUGAUUCAACAAUCUAUCAAACAUCCAGAUUUGUCCCAAGUGCUGGGAAUAUUCUUUCUAAAGUUAUAACAAAUCCAUUACUGUUGAAAGAAGAACAGUUCCCUUAUGUAAAAGACAAACCAAUUGAAUUGUUAGAUGCUGAUGUAGCAAAUUCAUUAAAAACAAAAAUGGCUACUCCAUCAUCGUUAAGAAAUCCAAGACAUAAAGCUGCUUGGGCAAAAUCAACUAACCACCCAAAAGGAAACAGACAACGUUUCUUUUAUUAUGUUAUUGGUGGUAUAACAUUUUCUGAAAUCAGAGCUUGUUGUGAGCAAAGUAGAUCAUUCAAUAAAGAUGUUUAUGUGGGUAGUGAUUCUGUUUUGACACCACUCCAAUUUAUGUCCAAUGUCGAAGACUUAACAAAACCCCGAGAAUUGUUAAGGCUUCGAGAUGACGCACCAGUUCGCGAAGAGCCACCAGAGUUUUUACUCAGAAAUAAUCUUUCAGCACCAGCUCCUACUCAUGUUCACACUGUCCAAAAACCCCAGAACCCGCAAAGAAACAAUGUUCAACAGGAGCCAAAAGACGUUACGAAGAAACAUGGCAAAUUUUCGAGAUUUUUAAAGAGAAAAUAA